GGAGCGCUGACGUCACGGCGAGUUAAUUUUAAACCCGGACAAGAUGGCGGCCAGGGACGCGGCACGGCGAGCGGGUCCGGCCCGCCACCGGCCUGACCCGGCAGGCAAGCACUACGAGGAGGAAGAGGAGGACGCCCUGCCCGAUUCUGAUGACGAAGUGGAGCUGGAUAAGCCUCGCCCCAUCCAGAUUGUCCUUGCCCACGAAGAUGAUCAUAACUUUGAGCUGGACGAAGAAGCAUUGGAGAAAAUCUUGCUUCAGGAACACAUCAAAGAUCUUAACAUAGUAGUUGUGUCGGUAGCAGGAGCGUUCCGCAAGGGGAAGUCUUUCCUGCUGGACUUCAUGCUUAGAUACAUGUACAACAGGACUUCUCCUUGCUGGAUAGGUGGAAACACUGAGCCAUUGACUGGCUUUACGUGGAGGGGUGGAUGUGAACGGGAGACCACUGGCAUUCAGAUCUGGAGUGAGGUGUUUGUAAUUGAUAAACCAAAUGGAACAAAGGUUGCUGUGCUGCUGAUGGAUACCCAAGGUGCCUUUGAUAGCCAAUCCACUAUCAAAGACUGUGCGACGGUUUUUGCUCUGAGCACCAUGACCAGCUCUGUCCAGGUGUACAAUUUGUCACAGAAUAUUCAGGAAGAUGACCUUCAACAUUUGCAGUUGUUUACAGAGUAUGGAAGACUUGCUAUGGAAGAAAUUUACCAAAAGCCAUUUCAGACACUGAUGUUCUUAAUUAGAGAUUGGAGUUACCCUUAUGAACAUGCAUAUGGCUUGGAAGGAGGAAGAAAGUUCCUAGAGAAAAGAUUGCAGGUAAAGCAAAACCAACACGAAGAGCUACAGAAUGUAAGGAAGCAUAUUCACUCCUGUUUCAGUACUCUUGGCUGUUUCCUGUUGCCCCACCCUGGUCUUAAAGUUGCAACAAAUCCAAAUUUUGAUGGGAGGUUGAAUGACAUAGAUGAGGAAUUCAAGAAGGAACUGCGGAAUUUGGUACCAUUACUGCUUGCCCCUGAAAACCUGGUAGAAAAAGAGAUUAGUGGCUCCAAGGUGACCUGUAGAGAUCUUGUAGAGUACUUCAAGGCUUAUAUUAAAAUCUAUCAAGGAGAGGAACUACCUCAUCCAAAAUCUAUGCUGCAGGCAACAGCUGAAGCAAACAAUCUUGCUGCUGUGGCAGGAGCAAAAGACUUGUACAGCAAAGGCAUGGAGCAGGUGUGCGGAGGGGACAAGCCUUACAUCGCGCCCUCGGACCUGGAGCGGAAGCACCAGGAGUGCCGGGAGUCAGCCGUCAGGCAGUUCCGCUCGGUGAAGAAGAUGGGAGGGGAGGAGUUCUGCCGCCGCUACCAGGAGCAGCUGGAGGCUGAAAUCGACGAGAUCUAUGCAAACUUCGUCAAGCACAACGACGGCAAAAACAUCUUCUACGCCGCCCGCACCCCUGCCACCCUCUUCGCUGUCAUGUUUGCCAUGUACAUCACCUCAGGACUGACUGGCUUCCUGGGCAUGAACUCCAUAGCCGCCCUCUGCAACCUAGUGCUGGGGAUGGCUCUGCUCUCCUUUUGUACUUGGGCCUACGUUAAGUACUCUGGGGAAUUCAGAGAGGUUGGCACAGCCAUCGACCAGAUCGCCGAAGCCAUCUGGGAACAGAGGAAUCCCAGGAAGGUGUUUUCCAAACUCUUUGAAGUCCUUAGACGCCGAACUCUCCACCGUGCUCUUACAGCAGUGCCCCGGCAGCGCCUCUCCUCCAACAAUAACAAGAAGAGAAACUAGCCAGGAUUUUUAACCUCCUUUCUGUGUCUGAAGUGGUCACUCUUAACACAAUGUAGGACAAUAAAGCUGGACUGUGUCUGGGCCGGUCUGCAUAAAUGCUGUUAACCAUUCCCAGACCUGAUGCUGCAUUAUAGGGUAUGGAAUUGCACAUCCAUCUCGUAGGGACUGUGACGGUUGGUUGGAAGUCGGUGAAACGCUGCUGUGUAGGAAGGAUGCUCUCGCUUGUGGCCGUAGCUGAGUGGCUGAGUGAACCUCAUCACUGUAGCAGCAAAACUCAUUUCUCUUUCAGUUGGUGCCAGUUUGUGUCAGGCUUCAGCGUUCUGAGUUGUGCUUGCUUGGUUGUUGGUUCUUUUAUCCCCAUCAUUCCAAGCCUCAUCUCUGUGCGUGUUGGGUUUUUUUUUUCCUCUGUUUCCUUUUCCUUGGUUACCUCAUUAUUAUUUUUUCUUUUUUUUUUUUUGUUUUGUUUCUUUUGCACAUUUCUCAUU